AACUCCUCGCAAUGGGAGCUCCCUCCGUUUGUCUUCCCGGGUUUGCCUGCGCGUGUGGGCAGGUUCGCACGUGUGUUUGAAGGCGCUGGGGGUUCUUGGAGAUUGCUGUGCAGGAUCUUUAAGCGGUAAGGACAAAUAAGCGUACAAGUACAAAGAAAGCUUAAUAAUGCCAAAUGACACCACCCCAGUCCGAGCAGGAGCUGUAAAUGUUCCUCUGGGCCACGUGAUUGGCAGUGAGAAAUGGAAGGGCUCCCAGAUUGCUCAGGAGAUGCACGGGAAAGUUAAGCUUAUUCUGGAAGAUGGCCUGGGACUUGUGGACUUUCAUCUUUCAAACAGAUGCUGCAUCCUCUACAUUUCUGAAGCAGACCUGGUGGCAGGAAAUGGCUUCAAAAGAAGACUUGUUCGUUUUAGAAAUGCUUGCAAUCUUCAAGGGAUUGUAUUAGUUGAAAAAACCCAAAUAAGUAACCAGUAUUUUCCAGAAGUGCAGAAAUUUGUCGUUCUGGAACUGGGAAUGACUUUACUUCCGGUGGCUAGCCAAACAGAAGCAGCUCAACUUAUUGCUCAAUUGGUGCACGAACAGACUAAAACCAGCAGUCUCUUCCAAAGUAAGAAAUGUACCAAGCUAUUGGAACCGUCUAUACUCCACACAGUUCAGCAGAUUCCAGGAGUUGGAAAGACAAAGGCCCUUCUCCUCCUGGAAAACUUUGGGAAUAUCCAUCAGCUUUGCAAUGCCUCUCUCCAGGAGCUCGAAGGAGUAGUUGGCCGCAGCCUAGCUCAACAAAUUCACGCAUUCUUCGCCCAGACAAAAUAAUCUCGGUUUUCCAGCAUCAGAGAUAAGCUUUUUGAAAGGCUGGAAUUUCCCUUACACACACCGUCAGAUUUCAGUUUGUAUGAAACUCAAGAGAGCCUUCAUUUCCAUCUAUUG